UGGGCUUUGGCUUCUUUAGCUGUUCUUUUCUGUUUUCUAUUGGAGCAAUGGCCACUGUACGGACCGACAACGCUUCCAGCAAUGUUGAGACAGAGAAGUUGCAGAGCUCAAACAACUCAACAAUGGCAGCUAGGUCAGAAGAGGCUGAGCCAUUGAAUGAGCAUGCGGUGCCUGACCCAGAGGCUGUGGCAGCCGAGGUUGAGACUAUGAUUGACAUGAAUAUUCGCAAUGUGACCGAAAGGAGGAAGUUGGGGUUCUUCUCAUGUGGAACUGGUAACCCCAUUGAUGAUUGCUGGCGCUGUGACCCCAACUGGCAAAAGAACCGGAAGAGACUUGCUGACUGUGGCAUUGGUUUUGGAAGGAAUGCAAUUGGUGGCCGUGAUGGUCGCUUCUAUGUUGUCACUGACCCUGGUGAUGAUGACCCUGUUAACCCCAAACCUGGGACCCUGCGUCAUGCUGUGAUCCAGGACCAGCCUCUUUGGAUUGUGUUCAAGAGGGACAUGGUUAUUAAAUUGAAGCAGGAGUUGAUCAUGAACAGCUUCAAGACCAUUGAUGGUCGUGGAGUGAAUGUCCAUAUUGCUAACGGGGCAUGUAUCACGAUCCAGUUUGUUACCAAUGUGAUUAUUCAUGGUCUUCAUGUUCAUGACUGUAAGCCUACUGGCAAUGCCAUGGUGAGAAGCUCACCUUCUCACUUUGGGUGGAGGACAAUGGCUGAUGGUGAUGGAAUCUCCAUCUUUGGUUCAAGCCACAUCUGGGUUGAUCACAAUUCUCUCUCUAAUUGUGCUGAUGGUCUUGUUGAUGCUGUCAUGGGCUCAACUGCCAUUACCAUCUCAAACAACCACCUCACCCACCACAAUGAGGUGAUGUUGCUGGGACACAGUGACUCUUACACAAGGGACAAGCAGAUGCAAGUGACCAUUGCCUACAACCAUUUUGGAGAGGGACUUAUCCAGAGAAUGCCAAGGUGUAGGCAUGGGUACUUCCAUGUGGUGAACAAUGACUACACUCACUGGGAAAUGUAUGCUAUUGAGUUGACUAAUAUUGCGUUGGAGACAAUAGCUGAGUCUGAGCCUGAGUCAGACUAA